AUGCUGCCGCACGUCAGUGACGAGGAGAAUCUAUCGUCGCUACCUAUCUCGAGCACGCCGAAGAAGCUCGACAGCUCGCCUGCCUACGGAUCAAGAACCAGUAGCGUACCGACAGCUGAUACUACAACCUCCGACGACGCUGUUUGGAUGAAAGUCGGUGUCCCAACGAGCUCCGCUGCAUCUCCUGCUGGCACAUCUGUGCGAACAGUGGCUGUGGUGUCGUCUGCUGCCAGCGGCACAUCACCUGCAUCUGGGGUGAAAAUCAUUGACCUCACUCAGGAAGAAGAGGCAGCAAAUGCUCAUGCUAAGGCCCUCUCAGCUGGCGGCGUCUCACUGGGCAGUGCACUACACAAAAUCGUUUCGUCAUCAUCCAUUCCUGUACUGAGCGCGGCACCAACUUCUCUUGUUCAGGUGUCUUCCACGUCGAGCCCUUCGACCACGCGCGUAAGCAUUGCAGGCACCUCGGUGGUGCUGAGCCACAUGACGGGAGGCACAGUGACCCAGGCCGGUGGCAACACAUUGCGGCUCAAUUCGUCGCCACUUGUCGGGCCCCCGGCGCGAGUGACGUACUUGGUGCCAAGCUUGCCCCCUGGCAUGGUGGUGACCCCACGCGAGGCUGGACCACGGCUGGCCGCCGGCAGUGGUGCACAGCCCAUGCAGACCAUCCUGCUGCGCAUGGCAUCACCGCAGGGUGGCUUCACCACCGUGCCUGGAGGUACCAUUGCCGUGCCAGCGAACUUAAUGCCGGCAAAUGCAUCUGGCAGCCCAACUGGGACGCCAGCUGGAGCUACCACCAUGAUGGUUGCGACAGCAACAGGAUCUCAGGUCCGCAUGGUUCGUGCCCCACCACCGAUGACGCUCCCGAGAGGCGGUGCCACCCUGACCUUGCCUCCGGGAACGACGCUGGUGCGUGCCCCGAUGGCAUCGAACAUGCGGCCAGGGGCCCCCCAACAGAUGUCCGUGGUGCGACCCCCGGUGCCGGCAGCCUCCGCACCAGCCACACCCACAACCCUGCCUCUUCCUCCGAAGCCAACUCUGCAGGUGCAGGUGCCUGGUGCAGGAGCGAGCACACCUGUCAGGCUGCCACAACCACCGCUGCAGGUCCAGGUGCCCGCCAGUGGGGGCAGUGCACCUGGUGCUGUGCGGCCAGCCAAGCCGGAGGGCAACGUUUCCCUCAUAAAAACUCAGCAUCCAGCUUCUUUACCGCCCACACCGCGGUACAUUGAUGACCCCAAGAAGAAACGACUACCACCCAAGCCUGCGCUGAAGAUCACGAAGGCUGCCAGUGCAGACGCCGCCGCAACUAUUCGCAAAGUGCCACCGGCCAAGAAAGCUGUGGUGGUCAAGAAGGAAGUAGCCGAGCCGAAGCCACCAACCGCGGAGGACAUGGAAAAGGUUCUGGAGCAGUGGCAGAUGUUCCUAGACAAUCAGGGCGGGAAUGGUGGCGACAAGGAGGACGGCAAGGAGCAGGUUCGGCGACGGCUGCCCUAUCACGCGCAGCGGCCCCUACGCCACGCCUGUCUCUGCCGACUGGGCACCUGCCGUUACGACAAGCUCGCGGCGACCUACAAGGAGCGACUGCACGCGGACUUUGGUCGCCUCGAGUCGACUCAGCAGCUGCGUGAGCUGCUGGGGCGCAUGUACACGAAAGGCAAGGCCAAGCGGGAGCGGAACAAGAGAGCCAGCAAGGAGGACUCUUCCGCUGCCGCUGCCCGGAAAGGCAGAUGCAAGUGGGUGUACUGGCUGCCUGCGUCGGGCACAGCACAGCUACGGCGCAAGGUCUGCAAGGCGGCCUUCAUGGCCGUGCACGGCAUCACCGAGAAGAGGACCCGCGACGUUCAGUUGCUGUGGAUGAGACUCAGGGCCAAGCGUGGACACACCCCCACUGGCGAUGAAUCUGACAUCGAGCGAGAGGAGUUGAUGCCAGGCACUUACACGGACGUCGACGAUGAGGACGAGGUUGACGAAUCUGUCGAGAAGCCGGUUCUGAAGCAAGCUUGCAAACCUCGCAGAGGGCGCAAAAUACUCAGAGUAUCCGAGAGCGAGGAUAGUGAGGCUGCAGACGAUGUUGCCGGUGUCAAGCGCAAAAGUGACAUCACACUGACGGCAGAAAACGGCCCAAAGAAGGCAGGAAGUAAAGUGGUAGUCGUGAAGCCACCUUUGUUGGAUUCAAACAUCAAAACCAAUAAACAGAGCACCAAAGCUAGUCAAGAUGAUGAUGAAACAGAAGUGGAGGGAGAUGACGAAGCAGAGGAUGAAGACGUGCCUUACCUUGACAUUAGCGGGUUUGAGCCCAUAUGUACAUUGGAAGAGGACAGCGAAAACCUGGUCCUUUCUCUACCUCGAGGUGUCUUCGGGGAUGAUGAAGAGGAUGCAGGAGCAACUUGAAAGGUUUUUUUUUUUGGCUCAUGGACUUUGACUCGUCGGCUCUCUAUGAAAGGUCUGGUGCUGUCGUGGAACAUGACUUUCAACACGCUCUAUGCGGACAUCCAGACGUACCAACUGUAUGCUUACCAAGAAACUAACAGCCCCCCUGCCACGUCCCACUGGAAGAAAGUUGGCGAUGUGCGAGCAUUGCCA